GACGUGCCUGUCUGUCGGUGUAUCUGUCUGCCCGUCUGUGUGUCUCUCUGUCUGUAUGGUGUUGCGCUGCUGUAGUUGGACAGGCGCUGGCAGAGCCCCGGUGUGUUUGCGAUGAGAACUAGCUAACUAGGAGGGGCGACGACAACAGCUUUAAGUGAAACCAAACGAAAAGAGGCUGUCAGUGGUGUCACUGGGUCUCUUAGCUAGUUUACUCGGAUUACAGGGGAUUCCGAUAUGGUAUUAUUCAAACUAAUUCUUAUGUUUUGCUGCCUACGGGAUAUUACAGGUCAGUUUGGGAACCGCUUGAACAAAUAUAUUCGUCAUUAUGAAGGUUUAUCAUAUGACACAGAAGCUCUGCACAACAGCCACCAAAGAGCCAAACGGGCGCUCUCUCACGACAGGACCGUGAACCUGGACUUCCAUGCACAUGGAAGAUAUUUUAACUUGCGGAUGAAGAGGGACACAACUCUGUUUUCUGAAGAUCUCAUCAUUGAGGUGUCAGGGGAAAGCACAUCCGUUGAUACAUCACAUAUUUACAGUGGGGAAAUUUUUGGUGAAAAGGGCACACUGGCUCAUGGCUCUGUGGUUGAUGGACGUUUUGAGGGCUUCAUUACAACCCACCAAGGAACAUACUAUGUUGAACCCUCAGAGAGAUAUCUGCAAGACAAGAAUGUGGCCUUUCAUUCUGUCAUUUAUCACGAGGAUGACAUUGAUUAUCCUCACAAGUAUGGUUCAGAGGGCGGAUGCGCUGACCACUCUGUGUUUGAAAGGAUGAGGAAAUACCAAACAUCUGCAGUACAAGAGCCAGGCAAAGGGGUGAGUAGUGUGUUGGAAGGUGAUGGCUUCGAUGGUCCAGUCAUUCUGAGGAAGAAGAGGGCCGCAGGGAAAGAGAAAAACACCUGCCAGCUCUUUAUCCAGACUGACCACCUCUUUUUCAAAUACUAUGGCUCACGAGAUGCUGUUAUUGCUCAGAUUUCCAGCCAUGUGAAGGCUAUCAACUCUGUUUACCAGGGCACAGACUUCACGGGCAUACGAAACAUCAGCUUCAUGGUUAAAAGGAUCAGGGUAAAUACCACCACUGAUGAAAAGGACAAGAGUAAUCCUUUUCGCUUUGCCAACAUUGGAGUGGAGAAGUUUUUGGAGCUUAACUCAGAACAGAACCAUAAUGAUUACUGCCUGGCUUACGUCUUCACCGACAGGGACUUUGAUGACGGCGUGCUCGGCUUGGCUUGGGUUGGAGCUCCCUCAGGAAGCUCAGGUGGCAUCUGUGAAAGGAGCAGACUGUAUUCUGAUGGGAAGUGGAAGUCUCUCAACACUGGUAUCAUCACUGUGCAGAACUACGCCUCCCAUGUCCCUCCCAAGGUGUCACACAUUACCUUUGCGCAUGAAGUAGGACACAACUUUGGCUCUCCUCAUGAUUCUGGGAUUGAAUGCACCCCGGGAGAGUCUAAGGAGCAAAUCAAUAAGGAGCGUGGAAACUACAUCAUGUAUGCCAGGGCCACAUCAGGGGACAAACUCAACAACAACAAGUUCUCAAUCUGCAGCAUCCGCAAUAUAAGUGCCGUUCUGACUAAGAAGAGAGACAACUGUUUUGUUGAGUCCGGCCAGCCUAUCUGUGGUAAUGGAUUAGUGGAAGGAGGAGAGCAGUGUGACUGCGGCUACAGCGAUCAGUGUACAGAUCUCUGCUGCUAUAGUGCCAAUGAAGAAGAAGACAAAAAAUGCAAACUUAAACCAGGCAAAGUCUGCAGUCCGAGCCAAGGUCCAUGUUGCACACCUGAGUGUACAUUCAAGGACUCAAGUCAAGGGUGUAGACCGGAAUCAGAGUGUGCUCAACAAGGCAGGUGCAAUGGACUUGCUGCUGUGUGUCCAACCUCAGAACCAAAGGGGAACUUAACCUCUUGCAACAAAGAAACACAAGUUUGCCUCAAUGGGGUCUGUUCUGGUUCAAUUUGUGAGAAGUAUAAGCUUGAGGUAUGCACCUGCGCCAGCCAAGAGGGUCCGGAUGAGGCAGCUGAGCUGUGCCAUGUGUGCUGUAUGGAAAAAGGAGAACCCAGUACCUGCAGUAGCACCGGCUCAGACAAAUGGGUGGGUUUCUUCAAUAGAAAGGUGACAACGCUGCAGCCUGGGUCCCCCUGCAACGACUUUAAGGGAUACUGUGACGUGUUCAUGAGGUGUCGCUUGGUGGAUGCUGAUGGGCCUUUGGCCAGGCUGAAGAAAGCCAUCUUCAAUCCAGAACUCUAUGAGAAUAUUGCAGAGUGGAUAGUGGCUCACUGGUGGGCUGUGCUGUUGAUGGGCGUCGCUCUAAUUAUGCUAAUGGCAGGCUUCAUUAAGAUCUGCAGCGUCCACACCCCCAGCAACAACCCCAAACUUCCACCGCCAAAACCACUGCCAGGAACAUUAAAAAGGAGACGAGCACAGGGUGCAAAUCAACAGUCCCAGGGCCCGCGCUACCACCCCCAGCAGAGAGAGAACUAUCAAAUGGGACAGAUGAGACGCUGAGACGCUGCUCUUCUCUUUGCCUUGGUUCCUAGUGCCUACAACGGGAGCACUUCACUCCAAAGAGUUAACCUUUACCAUGCAUUGUAAAGUUCAAAGAACUUGGACAUGAAAAAUAUUUUAAUGGACAACGCCCAAUGUUUUUGGGGGGGCUUAACAGUCAAUCAGCACCUCAGCUCUGAGAGCCAGAUUAACCGUGGUUCACAUAGCUUUUAUAGAAGACAAAUAAUUUUUCAAAGGAGGGUCAGGGGAAGAAAUUCACUGAUCUGUUAUGUGGUCUUAAUCUUUUGGGUUUUUUAUUCUUUUUUUUUUUUUUUAUCAGAAUGGAGGAGAGAGAAGUAGCUUUAUUAACAUUGCCUUCCUCUGUCAUCCAUCUGUAUAACUUUUUUCUUUCUUUGCUGCCAUCAUUAGCAUGAUAGCAGGACUGCAAGUUACAUUAAUUUUUUUCUGCCAAUCAAAAACAGAAUUGAAACAUUGUUUUGGAGGAAUACUUGUAUUUUGCCAGCGUGAUGAGUGUUUUCAAUUUGAAUACUGACACAAUCCAAUGCUUUAGUUUUUGAGGCAUACGUGUUCUGCAUCCUUUUAGAUGUUGUUUUGGUUCAGAUUAAAUUUAUUUUCAGAAUGAAUAUGCUUAUUUACUGUUUUAAUUCACUUUCUCAGGAUCAAUAAAACAAUUGAAAACAAGUUUAAAGAUGACUGCAUAUAUAUAUUUCAGGGUACAGUCCCUGCUGGCUGAAGCCUGUUGGAAGCAGGUCACACAAUAAGAAUGGCGAUAUAUGACCUUAAUUAAAAUGUGUAGUCACCAUUUAUUAGAAACAGAGCAUUUACAGGUAUUGUGAUCAGUUUUUGCAUUCGUAUUUACAUCCAGGCAUAUAGUCUGGGAAUGAAAUAAAUGAUGAUAAAAUAGCUUUUUUUCCAACCUGAUUGUAUUGCAGCUGGUCACUGAUUUACCACUCUUGUCACACAUGCAUUUAUUUUUACAUUCAGAGGGAGAAGAGUUAGAGGAGAAUGUUAAGCUAAACUCUGCAGACAAGGAAACCUUUAUUUAUAGGAGUUAAUAUGACAGUGUCACAACAUGAUGGUCCUAUCUGUAUUGUGCUUGUGAUUUGUCCAUCAUUUCUUACAGUUAAGGAAAGGCCAAAAGAAAUCAGAGUAAUCUUCUCAGCCUCUGUAGUCGGAUAAAGAACCUCUCUGGUUUACAUGUGAUUGUACAUUUAGCUUUUAUGGAUUUUUAUUUGCAGUUCAGAAUUUGCAUUGAAUUGUGCCUACAAAGAGCAGUAUGAAGUUGGUGUUUUAGUGUCCGAGAUCUUUUCUGAGGUGGAGAAAGUGCGUGAGAUGGUAGUUUUUGUGAGCAUUGUCAUCCAAUCUGGAAAUGAAGAUAAAAGAAAUGCAUUGGAAAUGUGGCAUGGCAGUGUAUGUUUCCAGACCUCAGGAUUUGCUAUGAACUAUAAUUUGUAGCCCAGCAUUCAUUCGUUUUAACUUGAGUGGUCCUUAGUCUGGUCAGGUCGACUUUAUGGACAGGUCAGUAAGGGCACAGAAUACAGCAGAGUUAUAGUUCAUACAUUUUGAAAACUCUUGGAUAAGGUCAUCACUCUGGCAAAAAAAAGUUACAUGGAGCACAACUGCAGCUCAACGCUGUUGCCACUGAUUAGUCAGAUUCUAUGCAGAGUUUUACAGCCGGGCUCUUCACUGAGAAAUGCCUUUAAUGUGUUCUCUUGAUGGGGCACAUAGAAAAAAUCUGUGUUCCUAACUAAAUCACGUCUAUGUGCUGCAGCAAAGUUUCUGUGUUGCUUCUUCCUGAUUUUGUUCUUGUUUUUUUUUUUUUUUUGUUUGUUUGUUUUGUUUGGUGCUGCUGGUCAUCUUUUUGUUUUUUGGGGGGAUAGGAGACUUGUGGGUGUGUGUUAGCUGCUUUUCUGAAUAAAUUGUUUCUUCUUUUUGCUUGUGUGGAUAGUAUGUGUAGGCAAUAUUUGGUGGGUUGAUACUUUGGGGAAUGUCUUCAUGUUUCAUGUGUGUUGUCAUGUUAGGGAAAAUAUGCACUGAAGGGGUUUAAACAGAUCAUCCAAAAUAGUAAAAAUUUAGUACUACUGUCUGAUUUUAAUGGCUAUUGUGUUUUAUACAAUGUCUUGAAUUUUGUUUUUCUUCAUUUCUUUUUUUUUUUUCUUCUUCUUUUUCUGUUUACUUAAGGAAUUUUACAAAAUUUGCAAAGAUGCUGUGCAGAGAUAAUUUCUUUUGAACUACUUGAAAUGUAUUAAUAAACCAGAAUUGAUCAGACUUUGUUCCCCUAGUUUUUUUCAUAAUAGUAAAAUAGUUUCAAUGCAUGCACUGAAGUUUACCAAUCAAACCAACAACCAAUCAAACUCAUUGAGGAUACAUGUGGGGUUAAGUAUCUUUCUUGAGGACUUCUAACAAAUGAAAUGGGGAAAGUCAGUGAUUGAAUGAGCAAAGUUCCAGUUAAAGGAUGAUCACUUUACCUCCUGAGCUGCAGUACUGCCAUAGGUACAAGUCAAACGUUUGGAUACACUUUCCCAUUAAAGCUGAUGGGAAAAUUGUCCAAACAGUUUGACUGGUGUUGUACAUUUACUAUGACAAAUGCAUUUCAUUGUACUUAAUGUUGUUACCUUAAUGCCAUUUUGAGUUAACACGGGCAAAAUUUUAGUUUGGACACCUGAUAUCUGUGUUUUUAUUGCUAGAGCUUACAGGUUCAAUCAUUCUGGGAUUAAAACAGUGUCUUAGACUGUAAAUGAUUCCUGUAUGAACCUUCAUGCAUGCGCACACAUGCAAAAAAAUCUUGCAAAACAGAAUAGAAAACAGUUUAUAUAUGUUGCUCUGAUGUGAUUUUAAUCAACAUGUGUGCUACCAUAAUAUUUUUUCUUUAUCAAAUGAUAGCCGAUCAUCUUACACAUAAAAUUGGUCACAUCUGUUGGAAUUAAUGUUGACUAAGUCAACAUAAUGUGGUCUUGUUUAUUCUGCAGAUACUCUGGCCUGGUUCGGGAAACCACUGUGUGCUUUCCAAAUGCAUUAAAAUAAUUAUGUAAUGGUUUACAAAACAUAAGUGACUAUUUUAUAAAAAGCAGGUUAUGGAUUUAGUGAUAAAACAAAAAACAAACAAAAAAAAAAACUAUGUUUUGCUUAUUUCAGAAA